AUGCGGUACGCGCACCCACUCUCAAGUGCGGAGAUCCGGAUCCGGACCCGCCCCAACGGCCGGCAGGCGGUGGCGGACUCGUCGAAGACGGCGACGGUGAGGACGGUAGCGGGGUCGAAGAUGGGCCACGUGUACUGCUCGUUCCACGUGGGCUCCAUGCUGGUGGCCACGGUACGGGUGCGGGCCCACUUGGAGCCGUACCUGGCCACCACGUAAGCGGCGGUGCCGACGGUUGACUUGACGGGGAGGAGAUUACGGCACCCGAUUAUCCCGAGCUCGACGGCGCCGACGGGCCGCCGCCAGAGCUGCCGGGCGGAGGGCCGGAAGUCGCUGGCGGCGUGUGGCGGCUCGUCUGUCACGUGGUACCCGCCAUCGAGGCACACCCGCACCUGUAGCCGCCCGCGGGGGGCGGCGCCGCCGGCCUCCUCGCCGCCGGCGGGCGGCGGGAGGAGGUCCAGCCACCUUGGCGCUACAUGGCGGUCGUCCACGCGGCGCUCGACGGCGGAGAGCGCCACGUGGGCGCAGCCGAGGACCGUCGCCGGCUCCUCCCCGUGGCGGCGGCGGCGGCGGGCCUCCACGGCGAUCUCGACCGCCUGGUCCCCUAGUGGCUCCGCCACCACGAACAGCAGGUCCUCCCACGAUGGCGGCGGCGCUAGGGUUCCGCCGCGGCCCAAGGCGGCGCUGCGGGUUUUCAGGGACUGAAACCCCAGCGUCGCCCUCACCCACACGGGGGCGUCUUGUAGCAGUGCCGCCGUCUCCGAGGGUAAGGGAAGGAGGUCGUCGGCGUUGACCACCGUGAGACGGAGAUACCAGAGCUUGGGGGAGAGGUAGACCUUGGAGCGCGAGGAGGAGGCACCGCCGUCGGCCUUGGUGGCACCGUGAAAGGACUCGUCGGCCUGGGUGCCCACCCACGUGGCCAGCAUCAGCUCUCCUUCUCCAGCCCCGGCGACCCGAUACCACUGCGCCGCCGGCGGGCCGUCGGAGACCUCCGACACGUCGAGGCGGACGCUACCGAGGAACCGCUUGCCGGGGGCGGCGGCCGGAGACUCCACCGGCGGGCCAUCCCACACGGAAACCUCCGCCGGCAGCUCCUCCUGAUCGGCGGCGCCGCCGGGGCGAGGGAAGGCGAAGGUGUGGUCCCACUCGAAGGAGGUGGGGUGGGCCCUUGUCAUGGCGGGGCCGGUGGCGGCGCUGCUGCCGGAGACAGCGAUCCUAACGUGUGGCGGGUUGGCGGCGCCGCCGGGGAGCGACCGCGCCUUCACCACCCGCACGAAGAGGUACUGCAUCUUGUCCACCAGGUCGAACGACGACCGCUCCACCCCGCCUUCUUCACUUCCCACCUGCCGCUGCGACAAAGGCGGCGGCGGCUGCAGCAGCUGCUGCUCCAUGGCCGCCGCUUCCUCCUUCGUCAGGUCCUCCUGAGGCACCACCCCCUCUCCGGCGGGCGGCGCCGCCAUCUGAUCCGCUGCCUCCCCGGCCUUCCCAGCCUCCACCGCCGCGUCCGGGGCGGGCGGCGGCGCCUGGUCCGCUGCCUCUACGGGCUUCCCAGCCUCCACCGCCGCCUCCCCGGCGGGCGGCGCCACCUGGUCCGCUGCCUCUCCAGGCUUCCCAGCCUCCACCGCCGCCUCCCCGGAGGGCGGCGCCGCCUUCUGCUCCACUGCAUGGUUGGAGGGCGGAACGACGUCGGGGAGCUUUUCGGGGGGCGGCGGAGGGUCGACGGGAGGCGCCGGCGCCGGCUCGUCGGAGAAGAAGACCCUGAGGGCGAGGUCGCCACGGAUCCAGCUGAAGAAGCUUUUCUUCUGGAGGGGGUAGUGGACGAGGGCCUCCUCCCCCUUGGAGACGAACUGAGAGGGGUCGAGGCGAACUCUUCCAAGGAAGUGGCUCCGGCGGGUGGGGGAGACUUUCCGGUCGUGAAGGAGCUCGAUUUCCAGGGGCUCGCCGGCGGCAGCGGCGUCGCCGCCGAAGGAGACGUCGAAGAGGAGGGACUCGUUCCAAGAGGGGUUGAGGCUACGGGUGACCGUCCGUGUCCGCUUCCGUUGACCGUCGAAGUCAACCACCGCAUAGGGGCUCGCCGACCCGCCGCCGUCCUUGGGCACCAACCCCCGCGCCUCUACCACCUCCACCACCAGCUUCCUCACCGUGCCCACACCCGCCAUGCCCUCUCUCUCUCUCUUUCUCUCUAUCUCUCCCUAGGGACUCUCUAUCUGUCUCUCUAACGGACAGGAAGGAACACCUAUGUAGAAAUGAGUUCACAAAGGGGGGGGUGCAAUAUACUUCUUUGCAUGGACCAAGGCUGCAGUGGUACUCAGUGGGCUCAGAGUUGUCAAAGGUAGAGAGCGGGAGGAGGCAAUAACUACGAUAAGUUUUUUUUAUCGGGGUGGAGCUUUUCGGGAGUGGACAAGACAGCGGCUAGUCUUCUCUCUCUCCUCCCCUGCAAGACUUUGCGACCACCUAAGUCUUUUGAGUCAUGGGUGGGCGGCGAGAGAGAGAGAGAGAGAGAGAGCAGCUUUUUGCGCCGCGCCGACCGGCGAAGGCCUGCCGUCGAGGCCAGAUCUUAUCGCGACAUUUCCGAUGCGGUGGCCCCCAGCCAUCGACGUCGGACGCGCGUGUCGUGCAUGGGAAAGGUGGGGGUUACCGCCUUCCUUCACGUGCACCGCCGGAGCACGGUUUCUUCUCCCAGAAUCAACCAUCAUCAAUAGCAGAGUUCUACUGUACCAACCUCUUCCCCGUUUUCCCACCACGGAACAAAAACACCCCAACAAUUAUGCAAUCAAUAAGAGCGAGCAAGCGAGAGAGAGAGAGAGAGAGAGAGACUCACAUAAAUAGGGAAGGAGGACUUCAGAAGGGGGGGGGGGGAGGGGAAUACCCCCGGCCCCCUCCUCCAGCCAUCUCUGGCACCACCAAGAACUUAGAAAGCCUAGGAUUCGAUUCCCUCAAGGCCAUGGCUUCAUCACACGCCGCACUCUUCCUCUUCUUGUUCUUGUUCUCGUCGUUCCUCUUCAUUGUUUCAGGCGGCAAUGGGUGGAUCCUGCAAGUUGACCAAGAUUAAACAGUGACGGUAUAAUCAGAGGAAACCCUGAGAGUUGACCAGAUGGGUUUGGGUCAAAGAUGCAGGUGAUGAGGAGCAUAAGUCUCGCCUUUGCAGUCAGACUUGACACCGCGACCUGAAGCUUCUCCCUGGUCUUCGUGCCCGCGACAUGGCCGGCCUUGGCCACUUUACUGAAGGCGCCAUUCAGCCAGGCUGUUCCGGCGGCUACGUAUCUGCAGAUCGGAGGAGAGAGUUCACAAGUCAAAGGAAGGAGUUUCCUCGUCGGACCCACAUACUUUUGGUAAGACUGAAAGCACGGGGAAGUCUCCGUGCCUCUGAUUCUCUCUCUAAACCAAAGAAAGCACUCUGUCAACGGACAGUUUUGAAGGGCCCACUUUGUCAAAAUUCACCAUGGGUAGGUCAAAGAGCAGGAAUUGGCCAAAGGUCAGCAGAGAAUGAACAACCUGCUUGGUUCUAGGGGGAAUGAGAAAAAUGAAUAAAGAUACCUGUGGGACUUCACGGCGGUGCCCGUGUGAUUCAGCUUCUGUUCUGCCACCGUCAAGAUCGCCAUUGUCUUGUCAGAGACUUGCAGUUUCUGGUCCACUGACUUCACCUUCUCGUUGACCACUGAGAUGCCCACGUUGAUCUUCUCCGUGAGACCGACCCGCCUGUCGAACGAAGUGACCUUGGCGGAUGCAUUGGCCGUCAGGCGAUGCCUUUCAUCAAACGACUUGGCUUUGUUCACUGCGUCCUGCCUGAUGGCCGAGCCCUUAGCGAGCAUAGAGGAAACAACAUCCUGAGCUUUGCUCACAUAUACUCUUCCACCGAGGGGAGGAUUGUUCUUAGUCUGCAAGAGGAUCAAGAGCCGCCAGCCAGUCACCACAUUAAGCCUGCAGUGAGGAUUACGAGGCAGAGAAUAAAGAGGGAGGGAGUGAGAGACCUCGGGGCUUGAGAAUGUGCUCCCAGCAGUGGGAGUUGGAACAACUGCUUGGUCCGACGACACUAACACUUGCUGCACGAAUUUCAGUGAAAAUUGAUGAAAUCACCGACUUGAGAGCACGAAUUUCACAAAGUUUAGUUUAUUGGGGAGAAGAAUGAUACCGCAGCAGCAUCUGGUGUGUAGUUCUCUGCGUGACUAAUAGUCACUAUCUGGUCCACUAUUGUCGCACCCUGCAUGAGGUGGGCCAAGGACGAACAGAGUAGUAAGUACAUACUGUAGGAAAUAUCCGUAAAAUCUUCCAUUUUUAUUAACUAAUAUAUAUGACGCGCUGUUGUUCAUUUGAUUCAGGAAUAAUUCUUGCUGUUCCCGACAUCUGGCCAUGACGAGACCCGACGAACAUACCUGUGUAGACACCGGACCCUAGGUCAACAGUUUUCAGCCAAGCCUGUGCCAGAAACUGACAGUAAUGUCCACGUCUCAAAGGAUCAUAUAUCGGCAUCCAUUAAUGACGAAGAGUAAAGGCGUCAAAGUCCAGAGCCGAAGUCAGACGACCAAUAAAAUAGUUCCCAGCAGUGUCAAAGACAGAGGAGACUUGGCGAAGGGUAUCUGGUAGACCUCUCUACAAAAAGGGGAUGCAAAAUCAAGGUUUUCAUUCUUAUAUCUUUAGUUUAUUUAAUUUUUUGGGGGAAGGAGAAGGUGGGGUUUUGGGGGGCACCUAUGUAAAGGCUUUUGAAUUGUCAGCAAGUUAAUAUGCUUAUAGAAGAUCUUCAUGCCUCCUGAAUCCACCGCUCUCUACAUGUUAUGAGUCAUUCCCUAGGCCAUUAAAGAUUUUUUUUAACACUUUCCUCUGCAAGCAACCAUCGCACUCUUUUUUUUCUGUUUUAAAAAAUGCAGACCUAUUCAAAAACUGGAUUAUGGCCUUCAACUGGCGAAGCAUGCUUAAAUAAAGCUUUUCAAAAAUGUGUCCAGCACAAGAAAUUACUGAGACAUAGCACCAAAAAGUAGUUCACCUUAGCAAACACUUAAAUGUAUCUUACGUAGAAAGAAACUGGCUGAUCCUCCACAGAAAAGAGAAUUACCGCUGAAAGUUAUAUGAAGGUGUCUUCAGGACAGAACACUGAACGACAACUGAAAUGGAAAGUAGCAAUCCAUUCACGAACUCAAAGUAUCUUCCUAGAAUAGACACAGACAUGAGACUAACAGCAGCCAAAAAGCAAUCCUUUACAUCCACCUCUCCUCUGACAUUGGCGCCUGAACUCUUGAAAUAAAGUGACCGAUUCUAAACAACCAAACACUCUGUCUGUUUCUUAUUCCACAGUAAAGACCAACCUUUCGAUGAAAAAUGCAUACUGAAACCCAAUGGCACGCCAAAAAUUCCUGAAAGAGAAGGAAAAAGUAAAAAAGUAAAUCGAACUGGGCACUCUGUUAUCCCUCAAAUUGGUAUCCAUAUCCCAAAGGAAUUCCACGACUUUCUUCUCAGAGAGUCAGUCGCAUAUCUUGCUUCCUCACUCGGGAAUGUCAAGAAACUAACAGGUUCCAAUCUCCUUAAAUCUGAAAUGACAUGCACGGUGCACGAUAAUGUUCCUUAUUUAGACACGACAAAAAGGCAUCCAUCUUACCUCAUUCUCAGUUCACAACCUGUCUCCUUAGAAUACUGCAAGAAUUUUAGAAAGAGUACUGAAAUUCUAUGUUGGCCAGAAGUACAGGUAUCUGCCACUUUUACAAAGAUCAUAGGAAAACGUUACUAAACAACGGCAACAAGAAGAGAAUGGAAAGAUAAAUAUCCAAAAUGAGAAUCCUGGCUUUAGGGAAGUUGCCUUCUUCGAUUUCUGUAUUCCUCUGUCUAGAGUCCCAAAGAAAACAAUGGGCAACUCAUCCCCACAAGUGGCCUCGUUCCCUCAUGACUAAAACCACCACUUCACUUCCAGCUCACCUCCAUAACUACUAACCUGAUACCCAUUGGGGCUAAGCAGAAACAACCCUCAAGAAAACAUCCGCGAUUUCUAAUUCCAUGGUUUCCAAUAAUAUGGAGAUGCUUUAAUUCUUCUCAAAUGAAUAAGCCCUCCAGGCUCACGGCGAGUCAGUCACUCUGAACCUGAUCACAAAAGGGCCAAUGAUGGAAAGCCAGCAUUCUGGCGACAGCUUAAACUUUCAUCAUCCCGUUAGUUUUCUUAGAUACUCGAAAGUUGACGAAUCAAAUUGAUGAUAACACGGUUACAGGAGAGUUUAGACAAUAACAGCUUUAGUUGUCAAUGAAAAAUCUCACAUAUUAUUGCAAUUCUGUAAGAUAUCUUCUGGAGGCUGAGUACAUCUAUCCAUGGUGAAAUAAAUGCUGCGGAUGUUGAGGAAAUACCGAUAGAAGCAAUGCAAUUUCAAGGGCCUUGGGAUCUUUGAAGGUGACGAACGCGGUCCCCAACUUCCCCAAGUCACUGCACAUUUAAACAAGGAAGCUUAACCGAACACAUUGCAACAAAGAUUUAAAACGCAAGUAGCUAAUAAAUCAGAGAGGAAAAACAAUUAUCAAAAGUACCCCGUCAGAUACCCCGUCGGCAAUGAGGCAUGUGAUCUGUUAAAAAAAAAUCACCACAAAAAAUCCCCGCACAGUGCCACAGAGGCACAAAAAUUCACCCCGAUGACAGAAAAGGAAGAGAUUACAACCCCCAGACCGCAAACAGGAUGAGGAGAAGAGAAGGCCCGCUGUGAGUGAGACUUUUAUACCGUCGCACAAUCUCGACGCGCUCGAUCUCGCCGGAGAAGGAGAAGAACUCGGCGACCUCUCUCUCCCCUGCAAGUUCCGAAAUGUUGCCGACUUCAACCGUCCUCGUCUGAAAGAACCACCAGCAAGCCAUCAACAAAGAGAAAAUAAGAAUACAGAAAACCACAGCUCACAAUCUGCGAGCGGCACAACGAUCUGCAGAACUCCAACCCCUCUCCCUCCAAUCCCACCACUCACCUGCAUGUUCCUCUGAGGAGGAGAGGCCGCCAAACCGCCGCUCACUCUCCCCUUCCUCUCCUCCGUCCGCCCCCUUCUUCUCCCUUUCCUCCGCCUCUUCCGGAGACAGCGAAGCUCGAGGUGGAGACCCACAAAGACUCACCACCGCCCGCCACUUAACUGCGAAAAUGCCAGCAGGGAUCCACAGAUGAAGUUACUCAAAUGCCCCUCCAUCCGCGGAAACAACGACUCAAAUGCCGCGUCAAUCUCUUUUAGCAGACAGCAACGCGUGCAGACUGCCAGCCUGGCGGUAUAACCCACUCAGUGGAUACACUGAGAGCUAGAGGGAGAGAGAGAGAGAGACAGACAGACAGAGAGAGGGAGAGAGUAGGGGUUCAGCAUGUAUAAUUAUGAGGUGGGAGGUAAUUACCAGACAUGGGUGUAUCUCCUCAUCUUGUGUGGAGGUGAUUAUGAUGUGGUGAAUAACAUCAUUCCAUAACUUAUGAGAUCAGGUACAAGGAUGUAAGAGUGAUCUCCUCUAAAAGAAACGACAUCAAGAGAAGAGAUGCCAUUCUAAUUGUAGAAUAUAAUCAUAGAAUUCAUUGUGUGUUUCUGCAUAAUGGUGGCUGACCAGAGGAUGAAGUAGGCAUGAGAGAGCAAAGUGAGUAGACUUAGUCAAACCCUGUUGAUAAUUUAGUAUAUUAGAGCUAGAUAAGGGAUAUCAAAGUGAGAGUGUCACACAUAUGCAGAGGGUUGCUUGCUUAGAUGGGCAUGUCACUUUGAUUGCUAUCUUCAUGGAGCUUAGGAAGGAUUGCAUCUAAACUAUGGAGGAGUGAUUGGAAGAUGUGUAGGUGGAUGUGAACAACAUCAAGUCAUUGCUCACUUAGUAUAGGCUCUUGUUCUAAAUGUCAUGCUGUUGAAGUGCACAUUGGUGGAUCUAUUAUUAACAAAUAUAACAAUGUGUCAAAAGUUCUUCAAGCUGAAGGCAUUAAUCGGCACAUAUAAUGCCAAUAAAAUUUAGAAUUUUAUAUUGGGUUGUAAUCAUUUGCUCUAAAUGAUGCACACUUUAGAAUUAGAAAGUACAUCCAUGUAAUGUCAAAUUAUGGUGGUGAAUGUAGAAUAUUUUUAAUAAAAGAAUUGAAUUAAUUCAUUAUGAUUAAUAGAUGUUAUGACGAAUCAUGUCAUUUGAGAUUAUGUAAGGUGGUUUGCUUCACUUUUCUUUGACAUAAUGAACAUGUUUAAUGAGGGUAAACUCUUCAAUUUAUGGUAUACCUCUAAGGUCAGACACAAGUAGAGUUACAAGGCUAAUGAAGAUAUAAAUUAAUCAUAUUGAAUUAUAGAAACCUCAUCACAAUAAACUUUAAUGCACCCAUCAAAAGUUGAGAAAACCUCAACCAACAUUGUCAAAGUAACAUUAGUUGAGGUGAGUACUAAGAAAAAAAUUAUUAGUAAACUUGUGACAAGUUGUGUAUAAAGUGAUAGUACUACAAGAUGACAUGUCAAAUAGUAAAUUUUAUAUUUUUGAAGGUAUCUAUUAAACCAAGGACUACUCAACAUGAACUAGUAGGGAGUACACAAGAUACCUUAAUAAUGAGAUAACUAUUAAUGAAGAAUAGUAAUAUUAUAUGCAACUCCCUUUAACUAAUAAGUAUACUAUGAUGAUGUGGAGAGUCCAAUAUAGAAAAUAAGUUCAAAGUAGUUUACCUUGUAGUCAACAUCUAUAAUCGAUUGAUAACCAUAAUGAUCAACAAUAAUAUAAUCCACAAUUUCAUCAUUGAGAAAUAAUAAUUAUAAUCUAAUUUGACACAAUCAUGAUGACAUGUUUAUAUUAAGAUUGUCAACCUAAUGACAUGUAUCUUGACCAAUAUUUUUUAUAAAGUCUAAUUACAUAUUUAAACAUGUAAGAAUGUAAUGAACUUCAUGAUACUUUUAAUAGAUGAUUGUGAUACUAUCCUAAAUAUAUAAUUUUUUAUCCAAACUCAAGUUGAGGUUUUUUCAUGGUGACACAACAUUUUUGUCAAAGGGGUUAAGGCCAUACUUAUUUUGAGAUAGAAGUCAGAUAACUUAAACUAUGUGAUGACUUACAAAUAGAAAAAAAAAAUCUCAAGAUUUUUAAAAAAUAAAAAGACGACCUCAUUAAGGGUUAAAUUUGUAGAGGUAAGUGUGUUGUUUGUUAAAAAUACAACAAGCAUAUGUUGCAUUAGAGCAUACACAAUGAAUAUGCAUGUAGUGCACAUGUAUAUUAUUGCAAGCAUGUAUGUGA